CGCAGACGCGGGUUGCUAGGCAACCAAUCCGACACAAACAGAGUGGUGUCAAAUUGUGAAAAAUGCAGAGGUCUUUUUCGAUUGUUGAGGAUGAAGAUGCCGCUGAAAGUUUCGACGACGAGCAAAUCGUGAAGAAGUACAGUCAUGCCUUGAGUGAACGGCGGAAUUCGCAAACCGUGGGCGAUUUUGAAAAAAGUUUGGCCAAAAUGGCGACACGACAGCCAUCGCCAACCGAUAUUCCGUCGAAAAUCCCCAGCGCCGGCCCCUCAGGCCGCCAAACCGUCCUGCGCGCCGCCCACCUGUCAAGCAAAACUCGCCUCUCCAGCGACAGCGACCUCGACGACAGCGACCUUGACGACGACAAACCCAAAACCGCAAUCCCCGGCGAAUACGAUCCCAAGCAGUACGAAAACCUUGACGUGAACCCCGAAAUCAAAGAAAUUUUUCAAUACAUCACAAAAUACAUCCCCCAACAAAUGACCUUAGACCACAAAUUCAAACCGUUCGUCCCCGAAUUUCUCCCCGCUGUGGGCGACAUCGACGCGUUUUUGAAGGUCAUUCCCCCCUCCAAGACCAUCACGGGCGAGGAAUUCGCAACCAAUCAGCACUUGGGCUUGACGGUUUUGGACGAGCCGGCGGCCAAUCAGAGCGACGCUGCGCUAUUGCACUUGCAAUUACGGGCGGAGUCUGUGAAGACGACGCACGACAGCGACGUGGUGGUGAAGAAGCUCGACAACGUUGAGAAAAACGUAAAAAUCGUGGAUAAAUGGAUUAAAGAUAUCUCGGCGCUGCAUAAAAGCAAGUCGUUUCCGAGCGUUAGAUACACAGAGGCGAUGCCGGAUUUGGACGAGCUGAUGCAGGAAUGGCCCGAAGAGAUGGAAAGACGGUUGAGGGAGGAUAAAUUUCCAGAACCUAGUGGGGAUUUGAAUGCGUAUAUUGAAGAAGUGUGCGGGUUGUUUCAGAUACCUGUGAAAAACAAAAUCGAAGCGCUGUAUUUGUUGUUUUCGUUGUAUGCGGCUGUUAAAAGUUCGCAGUUGUUUAAGACUUCGGAAAUGGAGAAGGCGGGAGCUAAUGGAGAUGAAUCCAUCACUGUUGUGGCAGAUCAGUUAUUGUUAGAGUAAUGAAAGUAAAUGGAAGCUAUGUACAAGCACUUUGUGGUUUUGACUAAUCUAUACUUAUAUAAUAAAGCUGAAGCUUUUGUUUAUUUGA